AAGAGCUGAGCCCAUAGGGGUCAUGCAGCGCCUGGAGAAUAAGAGUAAGAUUUGAGCCGAGUAAGAGGAUGGUAAUUCGAGUUCCUAUGAACAAGAACUCUUCACUAGCAUUCAGGUCCCUUCCCUUGAAGAUGUUGAAGAUGAUCAGUGGUGUAUGUCGUGGAGAGCAGCAGUGAGCACACUAACAGCAGCUGUCGUCUCCUGCCUCAUCUUGCUGCUGCUUAUUACUUAUGUCACUUGCAAACAUGGAUGCCAGCAGGCCAACAGGCAGUACCAUUCACCUAGACCAGCAGUGCCUGUGACUUCCACACCUUCCUACAUGGAGCCCAUAGUUCCCCAUCCAGCCAGCAAGCUCCACGCUCGCCCCAACAGCCUUGAUAUACGUCUGGAGACCCCAAGCCCGGAGCACCUGUACGAGGAGAUCGAUCUGAAGAGUAUUAAGAGUGUAGGAGAGAAGAGUUAUGCCAAUGCAGAGCUCGUCAACGGGUCCAGUGACACCUCCAGUUCACUUAGAGUCAGCUACUUCCUCAGAAGACAAAAUUACAUAGAUUUAUGUGAAGAUUAAGUAUUUCCAAGCUCUGUUCCCCUCUGUGGAUGUUAUUAAUGGGUUUCUCUUAUUUUUAUGAUUUCAUAUUGAAGCUCCAAACAGGUAUGGUCAGAGGCAAGGAAAGGUAACUAGUUUCUUAGAGUAGUAACUCUUCAUCAGCAUCAAAGCUUUCUCUUCUCUCAGUUGUCUCCUUCACAUACACAGCUGAGUUAUCCAUACAAGUCUUCUGCUGUUGUAGUGUCCUAGGAGUUAUAAUUUAUGGAAUCUGCUUCUUCCAGCCAAAGUAUGCUCUAAACCUACUGGGUAUGCAGGCGAUACUGCCAUCCUCAGCAUAGCUUAAUGCUGCUUGUCGCAGUCGCAGUCGCAGUCGCAGUCGGUAAUGUAAAACACACCAUGAAAUUUAACUUAAUAAAAAAAAUCAUGUGAAUCCUGAA